CUUCUUGCUUUUGUUAUCGUUAUUAUUAUGAUUAAGAUUAUUAUUAUUACCGUCUCGUAGCGUGACUUUUAUUUUGACAUGUUUUGACGUGUCGUUGUUUUCGACUGUUCCGUAUUCACACUUUUAAACAUGGAGUCUAUUUUCCAUGAAAAACAAGAGGGCUCUCUGUGUGCACAGCAUUGUCUGAAUAAUCUUCUGCAGGGUGAAUAUUUCAGUCCUGUCGAGCUGUCGUCCAUCGCUCAUCAGCUGGAUGAAGAGGAGAGGAUGAGGAUGGCAGAAGGAGGCGUUCAGAGUGAAGAAUACAGAACAUUCCUUCAGCAACCGUCUGGAAACAUGGAUGAUAGCGGUUUCUUCUCUAUUCAGGUGAUCAGUAAUGCUCUGGGUGUUUGGGGAUUGGAGAUCAUUCUGUUCAACAGUAGAGAAUACCAGCAGUUAAACAUCAAUCCAAUAAAUGAAAAGGCUUUUAUAUGUAAUUAUAAAGAGCAUUGGUUUACAGUACGUAAACUGGGACAGCAGUGGUUUAAUCUAAACUCACUGCUGACGGGACCAGAGCUGAUAUCAGACACUUAUUUGGCACUUUUCUUAGCACAACUACAGCAAGAAGGAUAUUCCAUAUUUGUGAUUCAAGGAAACUUGCCGGAUUGUGAAGCUGAUCAGAUUUUGGGUAUCAUGCGAGUCGAGCAGCAGCAGCGACCAAAGCUUAUCGGAGAAGAUGAAGCCAACAGGAUGUCCGUAGAGCAGCAUGUUUCAGAUCCUGGACACAGCACUGAUGAAGCUCUGCUGGAUGAGGAUGAGGAGGAACUGAGGAAGGCUCUGGCUCUUAGCAGACAGGACAUGGAGGUUGAGGACGAGGAGGCCGAUCUACGCAGAGCAAUUCAACUCAGCAUGCAGGGUAGUAGCAAACCCAGAAGCCCAGGUGAGAUGAAUGCUGUGAUGGUGGCAUCCAGUGCAUCAGAAAGUAGCGAUAAAGAGACACUGACGGCAGAUGAGUUACGCAGGAGAAGACAGGCGUACUUUGACAGACAGUCGCAACAACAAACUCAAUCCAGCACUCAUGACAGUAAGCCUGCAGGUGAGGACAGUGGGAUCAAAGCCAGCCAGAGCCAGUGAGAGCCAGAGACGUUUCUGGGUUUAUGGGAAUCAGCAGGACCCCAGGAUGAUGUCUAAUAUCUUAAUAUAAGGACAUUAGUCUAGCUUUCCUUUACCUCUGUGAUUUAAAUGAGGUCAAAGUGUUUACCCUGGUACAUUCCUCUUCUUCAGACACAUAUGUUGUUAUGACCUUCAGUCUGUUUUUCUCCCUGACGUUCAUCAUGAGAACGCAGUAGAUGGACGGAGAUUAAAGCGGAGACUUAUGAAGCUGACGUUGCUCUUGCAUUUUGGGACCUUAGCAGUUUUCUGGGUGCACUGGACUCUUCACGCUUCCUCUGAGGAUUGUAGUGAAUUGCUCAUCUGUUGGUCUCGUGGCUUAACUAUGAUCUGAUGUUAUUUAGAGAGAGGAACAAUGUGUGUUUCAUUCUGUACAGAUGCAUAAAGAUGAACGCUGGCCAAAUCUGUAAGAAAUAAAGAAAUCCUUUUGCCCCUUUGAGAGAGAAGAGAGGCCAGAAUCUCUUAUGUCCUUAUUGACUGUCUGUGUUUAAAACAAUAAGACGCUGACGAAGAGAAGUCGGUUAUUGACCCACACAUUUACUGCAGUCCAAACACAGUAACCGAUGACAUCACGUGUGUGUGUGUGUGUGUGUGUGUGUGUGUGUGUGUGUGUGUGUGUGUGUGUGUGUGUGUGUGUGUGUGUGUGUGCGUGUGUGUGAAUCAUGUCAUCAUCAUCACAAGUGUCCAAUGUAGAUUCAGAGAUCCCAUUGUUUAUCUUUUUAUUGUUGAUUUUGUCACACAUUUAUUUGAACUGUCUUUGUUUGACACAGUAUUGUGAUUUAUAUUGAUGAUUUCUGAUGUUUGGUGAUGGAACAGUGCCGAAGUUUUAAUAUAUUUUCUUUCUUAACAUUUAGCAAUACUUUUUAAGUGAUUUAGUAAUCAUGCACCAAUUGUGGCAUUUUUUGAUUCUUAAAUAAAAACUUUUGCUUUUCCCCUUGAAGGGGUUUUUCUUUUCUCUCCUCCUUGCACCUGUCUGUUGCGAUUGAUGCCAGAGAUAUGAAAACCUCUCGAAAGUUCAAAAGAGACUAAAGAUAAUCUGUCAGCAAAUGUUUAAAUAAAUGUGUCAUAUAAGUUGUGAUGUUUGUGUUACAGAGGUCAGAUUUUGAGUUGUUUUUUUUCUGUAUAGUUCAGUGGUACAGCAUUGCUUUAGCGGCUCUAAAGGUCACGAGUUUGAACCCUGGGAACGCAUAGCCUACUAAUAAAAUGUCUAAUGCACCGCAGUCACGUUGGAUAAACGUGUCUUUAAUUGCCCCCUCAGUGGCCACAUUCUUUUCAUCUGUGGUGCAUCCUUGUAAGGAUAAGCUAAGUUUAAGCUUAAUAUGCAACUGUUUCAAGUCAAAAUCUAUUUUUUUUAAAACAAAUGGAAUGCUAUGUUAAGAAAUUAUUAUAUGAAUUUUAUUUCAUUUGAAAAAGUAAAUGUGAAAUGAGUUGCAGCUUAAUAUGAACAACACACUGCACAUGUUAAAAAAACUGAAAUUAAAUAUACUAUAACA